UUCCUUUAAUCAGAGAGCACUGCUCGGGCUACAGUGUCCCAGUGGAACUGCAUUAGAGGUUUUCUCUGUAAGUGCUGUGCCUUUCAGGAUUGCUUUCCAGCAGCACACUGAAUGGUCUGAGUGGGGAAGGGAGUUUUAGCAAGCAGUCAGUCAUCAAUAGCAUCCUGCUCUUAAGCCAAGGUAAUGAUGGCUACUUUGAGUGUGCCUGCAUUUUCCGCAAGUGUAUGCAGGUCUGCUCCCUGAAUGCAGGUAUGUAUAUGUGUGCAAUUGCCUUCAUCAUGUGCAGCCAGCCAGGAGAACAGUGUGUUUAUAGAAACUGUCCUUAAGAGUGAUUGCCUCUUGAAGGAGUAGAGCCCAUAUAAGAGGAGUGGGACUGUCUCCAGCCAGCCCUGGGAGACGAUGCUGAGAGCAUAUUGAAAAGCUGUCUUCAGCAAAAGCUUGCCAGUUUAACAACUCUGUUCACUGUUCCUAUUGCACAGUGGGCUCUUUGACGCAACAGAAAGAGCUGCUUUUUUUUUUUUUUUCGCUUCCUUUUAAAUCCGCCUGGCCAAUUUAAAGCUUGUGGAUAUUUCUUCCCCCUCGGGGAAAGCUUAUAUGAGGAUUUUCUUUUUUAGCAGUUCGUUCCGUGAAACCAUUUUAUUUUCCUUGAUUGCUGUUAGAAAAUGUUGGACCUGAACAUAAGGCUUUCAUUGCAGAUUACUAUCAAGGGAACUAAGAAAGGAUGUAGGCAUGUUGUUAAUGUCUCUCUUCAAGCUGUAUUUGAGUUGGUGUGAAACCGUGUUGGUCUGGUGAAAUCAACAGAAUGGUUGUUAGGAGGAGUUAACAUCCCUGGCUUUCUGGUACUUGCCUGUGCAGCUGAGAUGCCUUAGCUGUGACGACCUUUGGUGUUGAUUUAAGGAGGCCAACAUUUUUAGUGCAUCCAUAGGAAGCGUCUCCACUACAGGCUUUCACCACACGAGAGACAGACUGAAGAUGUAGGCAGCUGACAAAUGUGAAAGCAAUGAAGAGGUGUUCUGAGGUUGACAGUGCUUUUCAUAGUACACACAUUUUCUGGGAAAGGCAUAAGAAGGGAGAUAAACAGGCAAUGAUUUUGGCAAGCUGAGAAGAAGUUGCAGCAGAUCAAGAUGUUCCAAAGAGAAGAUCACAUCAAAAAGGUCCCCAGGCUCCAUCAGUCACCGUCUGAUCACAUUGCAGCAACAUAGAUGUUGCCAUGAGGAUCAGGAGGUGUCCUGUCUGCUUCACAACUUGUCUUUUGGUCCUGCUGGGUAUGCACCAGAGAGAGCUCCAUAUAGAGGCAGAGCACACAUUUCAAGAGAGCUGAGAAACCAGUUCCUGCACAUACAUGCACCUCUGUAAGAGUACUCCAAGACCAGAAGCGUCUGUGUCACUGCAUGGAUAUAAGAACUGUUGCAUGUGUGGGGUUAGACUCUGCUUUUUGAGAUAUGAUGUUCCGACGAGGAUUUAUUCUAUUUCUUCCCCGACUUGUAAGCCUGCUGGUGGUGGCCUGUUGCUCAAUGUCUAUUGUUUAUAUGCUGGCUUGCACACCCAAGGGUGACAACCAGCAGCUUGCCUUGCCCAGGGUGCACAGUCCGACUGUGAAGGAGGGAUAUGAAGCCAUUCUGCAAGAGCGAGAAGAGCAACACCGCGAUUACAUCAUCAGCUUGAAGAAACAAAUUGCCCAGUUGAAGGCUGAGCUCCAGGGCAGGACUGAGCAGCUUAAGAACAUGCAGAACCAGUACACAGAUUCCUUGGACAUUCAGCUUGACCACAGUAAGCCAGAGAAGGCCCAGGCCAACCUGUUGGCUUUCCUCCGUUCCCAAGUAGACAAAGCAGAGGUGCACAGUGGUGUUAAGCUGUCCACAGAGUAUGCAGCGGUGCCCUUUGAGAGCUUCACCCUCCAGAAGGUGUACCAGCUGGAGACAGGGCUGACACGGCACCCAGAGGAGAAACCCGUAAGGAAGGACAAGCGAGAUGAGUUGAUAGAGGUGAUUGAGUUAGCAGUGGGGAGCUUGAACAAGCCAGAUGGGGUGAGCAACGCCAAACCCCGUGUAUACACAGCCUCCGACUUUGUUGAAGGGAUCUACCGCACAGAAAAAAAUAAAGGCACAUUGUAUGAGCUGACUUUCAAAGGAGACGCAAAACAUCAGUUCAAGAAGAUUGUUUUAUUCCGGCCAUUUGGUCCAGUAAUGAAAGUGAAAAAUGAAAAUGUCAAUGUGGCUGACACACUUAUUAAUGUCAUUGUGCCAUUGGCCAAGAGAGCCAGCAAAUUUCGGCAAUUCAUGCAGAAUUUCAGGGAAAUGGGCAUUCAGCAGGAUGGGAGAAUUCACCUCACUGUAGUUUACUUUGGAAAGGAACAAAUGAAUGAAGUCAAAUCAAUACUUGAAAAUACCUCUAAGUCAGCUAACUUCAAGAACUUUACCUUCAUCCAGUUGAAUGAAGAAUUUUCCAGGGGCAAAGGAUUAGAUGUUGGUGCUCGAUUUUGGAAAGGAAACAAUGUUGUUCUCUUUUUUUGUGAUGUGGACAUAUACUUCACAGCCGAAUUCUUGAACUCCUGUAGAUUGAACACACAGCCAGGGAAGAAGGUAUUUUAUCCUGUUCUCUUCAGUCAGUAUAACCCCAGUAUAAUUUAUGGUCACCAUGAUUCCAUCCCAUCUUUAGAACAGCAGCUGAUUAUUAAAAAGGAAACUGGAUUUUGGAGAGACUUUGGUUUUGGGAUGACUUGCCAGUACAGAUCGGAUUUUAUCAACAUAGGUGGCUUUGACCUGGACAUUAAAGGCUGGGGUGGUGAAGAUGUGCACCUGUACCGCAAGUACCUUCACAGCAACCUCAUGGUGAUCCGAACGCCUGUCAGGGGUCUCUUCCACCUGUGGCAUGAAAAGCAGUGUCUGGAUGAGCUGACUCCAGAGCAGUACAAAAUGUGCAUGCAGUCCAAGGCCAUGAAUGAGGCUUCUCACGGCCAGCUUGGGAUGCUUGUUUUCAAGCAAGAGAUUGAGACACACCUGCAUAGACAGAAAUUGAGCAGUAAGAAGACAUGAAUCCAGAAAGGGAGGUCAGAAGCUUCUGAACUGGACUUUAAAGUGUUUUGAAAAAGAGGUUUUAACCAGAAGAGUUACGAUGAGAUGGAAAGAGGAUGGAGAUUCCAGCAGGAUGGCAGCAAAAGAAGAGGGAAAGCAUCUGACCUCCCUACUUUUGUUUUUAUUCUAAUGAGGCUUUUAAGUACUCCAUUUUCCUGACUGUUCAGCACUUGCUUCUGGGGAAGACUUGAAACUUGAUGAGAUUCAAAGUCACAUCACAGAGACAAUGAACAUUAUGUGCUAUUAUGUGACCAGUGUGGUAUUCACACUAACAAAUGGAUGUGCGUUUCCUUUGAAAUGGUUUUAAGAUGUGUACAGUUAUUUAAAGGAUUGACCUUUUGGUGGGCCAAUAAUUAGGAGUUAUUUUCUACAUCUAACUUGAUAUAUCUAAAAAGGGCUAUUUUUUAAUAAGUACGGAGACUCCUGCUCUGAGAAGGACAUCUGAUUGUUAACCAUGGUAAAGCUGCAGUGACCAAAAAUACUUUUACUUUAAGGAGCUGGGAUGGGGGAACAGCAGCAGUGCAUUAAUAAUCCAUUCCCAGUUUAUUCAGAGAAAGAGGUUUCUCAGAGAGUGCUUUCUAAACUUAAGAAAGAGAAGACCUUACUGGUCAAGUGUGAUGGUUGAAACUGUUUGUUCUCUGUGGACAGUGAACCAAAAGCAAUGAGCCACAUCUGUAUCAUGUGAAUCAGAUCGUAUAUCUCUGCUUUAGAAUGCUGUAUAUAUUUCAAGAUUUAUUUUUAAAUGAAAUUUGUCUUGGGAAUUAUUUUGCCAUACUUCAGGUUUUCUACUUCUAGCCUUAGUAGGAAAUAAUACAGCCUUCCAAUGCUUGGAAAAUGCUCUGCAAAUCUGUGUUCCUGUGGAUGGGAACUGGGUUCAGAUAAGUGACUUUUCUACACAACCUGGGCACUGGAAUGUGGAAGCUUUAUCAUGCUGAAGAAAAGGAAAUACAUAUCAACUUGCAGUAUUGAUUUAGCAGGAGGCUUUAAACUCCAAAUGCCAGAUACCAACAGUGAUGAACAUUUUCUGACUAUACCAAAGUAUUUCUUCUAAACCAAAUACAGAGUCUUUCCCAGAGUAUAGAAAGCUUUUUGUAAUUAACAAAAUAAAUUUUUGUGAUGGACUACUGGACCGUGCAAAUUCUCUUAUGAUAAUUAUAGGUACUAAUUGUAAAAAUCAGUCAUCUUCCUAAUAGUUUUUGUUGCAAUUGCCUAAAACUGUUCAAAGUCUGAGUUACUGCUCUUACAAAGCAUUUUUUUUAAUGCUGACUGCUAUUUACCAUUUUAAUACAUAUACUAACCAACAAAAACUGCAUG